GGCGGCAGUGGUGGCAGCGGCAUUGUGCGCGCGGCGCAGCCCGGCCCGGGAGGAGCAGGACGCGCCGGGGCCGCCUCCUCCCGCACGGACCGAUGAGCCAGCCGGGCGGCGCGGCGGCUCCGCAGGCUGACGGAGCCAGUGCAGCCAGAAGGAAAAGCACGGUUAGCAGGGAGCGCUUGAAGCGCAGUCAGAAGAACGCCAAGGUGGAGGGCCCAGAGCCAGUGCCUGCUGAGGCCUCGCUGAGUGCUGAGCAGGGGACGAUGACGGAGGUGAAGGUGAAAACGGAACUGCCGGACGACUACAUACAGGAGGUCAUCUGGCAGGGCGAGGCCAAGGAUGAGAAGAAGGCGGUUGGCAAGGAUGGAACUGGCGACGUACCUGCCGAGAUCUGCGUGGUGAUCGGUGGUGUCCGCAACCAGCAGACCCUGGAUGGAAAAGCUCCAGAAGGCAGCCCCCACGGUGGAUCUGUUCGGAGCCGGUAUUCAGGGACCUGGAUUUUUGACCAAGCUUUGAGAUAUGCAUCUGGGUCCUAUGAAUGUGCGAUCUGCGGCAAGAAGUACAAGUACUACAACUGCUUCCAGACCCACGUGCGGGCGCACCGAGAUACUGAAGCCACCUCAGGGGAGGGAGCCUCCCAGAGCAACAAUUUCAGGUACACCUGUGACAUCUGCGGAAAGAAAUACAAAUACUACAGCUGCUUCCAGGAACACCGAGAUCUCCACGCUGUGGAUGUGUUCAGUGUGGAAGGGGCUCCCGAGAAUCGGGCAGACCCCUUUGACCAAGGUGUUGUGGCCACGGAUGAGGUGAAGGAGGAGCCUCCGGAGCCUUUCCAGAAAAUUGGACCAAAAACCGGCAAUUACACCUGUGAGUUCUGUGGGAAGCAGUACAAGUACUACACGCCCUACCAGGAGCACGUCGCCUUACAUGCGCCCAUCAGUACCGCCCCCGGGUGGGAGCCGCCGGAAGAUCCAGACACGGGUUCUGAGUGUUCCCAUCCGGAGGUCACCCCAUCUCCACGCUUCGUGGCAGCGAAGACCCAGACGAACCAGUCGGGGAAAAAAGCUCCGGCCUCCGUGGUCCGAUGUACCACCCUCUUACACCGCACCCCUCCAGCUACCCAAACUCAGACAUUCCGAACUCCAAACUCGGGAUCUCCAGCAAGCAAGGCAACCGCAGCAGAAAGCACCUUCAGUCGGCGAGUAGAAGGCAAAGCACAGAACCACUUUGACGAGACCAACAGCAGCUCACAGAAUUCCAGUGAACCCUACACGUGCGGCGCCUGUGGGAUUCAGUUUCAGUUCUACAGCAACCUGCUGGAGCACAUGCAGUCCCAUGCAGCUGACAGUGAAAACAACAUUGCCUCCAACCAGUCCCGAUCUCCACCUGCUGCAGUGGAAGAGAAGUGGAAACCCCAGGCCCAGAGGAACAGUGCCAACAACACCACAACUAGUGGUUUGACACCCAACAGUAUAAUCCCCGAGAAGGAGCGGCAGAACAUCGCAGAACGGCUGCUGCGGGUCAUGUGUGCUGACCUGGGUGCACUGAGCGUGGUCAGUGGGAAGGAGUUCCUCAAGUUGGCCCAAACCCUGGUAGACAGUGGUGCCCGCUAUGGGGCCUUCUCCGUCACCGAGAUCCUGGGCAACUUUAACACAUUAGCACUGAAGCACCUGCCACGCAUGUACAACCAGGUGAAGGUGAAGGUGACAUGUGCCCUGGGCAGCAAUGCCUGCCUGGGCAUCGGUGUUACAUGCCACUCCCAGAGUGUGGGCCCUGACUCCUGCUACAUCCUUACAGCCUACCAGGCUGAGGGCAACCACAUCAAGAGUUAUGUGCUAGGUGUGAAGGGUGCAGACAUUCGUGAGAGUGGUGACUUGGUGCAUCACUGGGUGCAGAAUGUGCUGUCAGAGUUUGUGAUGUCAGAGAUCCGGACCGUGUAUGUCACCGACUGCCGGGUGAGCACAUCCGCCUUCUCCAAGGCUGGCAUGUGCCUCCGCUGCUCAGCCUGUGCCUUGAACUCAGUGGUGCAGAGUGUGCUGAGCAAGCGGACGCUGCAGGCCCGCAGCAUGCACGAGGUCAUCGAGCUGCUCAAUGUGUGUGAGGACCUAGCAGGCUCUACGGGCCUGGCCAAGGAGACCUUUGGCUCUCUGGAGGAGACAUCACCACCACCCUGCUGGAACUCAGUGACAGACUCGCUGCUUCUGGUCCAUGAGCGCUAUGAGCAGAUCUGCGAGUUCUACAGCCGUGCCAAGAAAAUGAACCUCAUCCAGAGCCUCAACAAGCACUUGCUGAGCAACCUGGCCGCCAUCCUGACACCUGUGAAGCAGGCGGUCAUCGAGCUCAGUAAUGAGAGCCAGCCCACCCUGCAGCUGGUGCUGCCCACCUACGUCCGGCUAGAGAAGCUGUUCACAGCCAAAGCCAACGACGCAGGCACCGUCAGCAAGCUGUGCCAUCUCUUUCUAGAAGCCCUCAAGGAGAACUUCAAGGUGCACCCAGCCCACAAGGUGGCCAUGAUCCUGGAUCCUCAGCAGAAGCUUCGGCCAGUGCCACCCUAUCAGCAUGAGGAGAUCAUCAGCAAGGUGUGUGAGCUCAUCAAUGAGGUGAAGGAGUCCUGGGCUGAGGAGGCCGACUUUGAGCCUGCCACCAAGAAGGCACGUUCAGCCACCGGCGAGCACCCCACAGCUCAGGAAGAUGACCGGCUGGGCAAGAAUGAAGUAUAUGACUACCUUCAGGAACCCCUCUUCCAGGCCACUCCCGACCUCUUCCAGUACUGGUCAUGUGUGACCCAAAAGCACACGAAACUUGCCAAGCUCGCCUUCUGGCUCCUGGCUGUUCCUGCUGUGGGGGCUCGAAGCGGGUGUGUAAAUAUGUGUGAACAAGCACUUCUGAUCAAAAGGAGGCGACUGCUCAGCCCGGAAGACAUGAACAAGCUCAUGUUUUUGAAAUCUAACAUGCUUUAAGACUCAACUUUGGGGAACAACAAACAAACAAAAAAGACGAAAAGAAGAAAAACGUUAGGAAAACACACACAACACUGUCACAAAGAAAUUUAAGUUCUAAACACUGUGGAACCUCAUUGUAAAUGCCCCCUGGAAACUUAAGUGCUUUUUUUUCAGUGUGUGUAUGUUUGUGUGUGUGUAUAUUUGUGUGUGUGUGUGUGCACAUGUGUCCACACCCACACAUGACAUUUUGUGUGGGUAAAGGGUAUGGGGAGCUCAUGCUUGAAUGCACAGCCAGAAAAGCUCCACACGUGCAUGCGCGCACACUCACACACACACACACACACACACACAAACCUGGUGCGUGUGUGCAUGCCUGUCCUCGGGUGUGUGUGCAUUGAGCUGGGUGUGUCAGGAAAGCCGAGAGACUGGGAAAGCAGGAUGGCUUCACUUUCCUUGGGCAGGGGCUCUAAGGACUCCGUUUUCAGGUGUGCAGAUUGGGAGAAGCUGAGAUUGUGAAAUGUUCAGGCAGCUGAGGGCUGAAGUGGCUUGAACUCCCAUCCCCAACCCGAGCCCUUCCUUUCCAUUCCUCCAUCCCUUCAACCCAUGGUGCCCAUCCUCUGCCCCGGCUGCUCUGACAGAUUCUCCAAACUGCAUCAGAUGGACAGUUUCUGCACUGGACUUCAGUUCUUGUUUCACCUUCAGGGCAUUAAGCUGCUGUACCUGUGACCUCCCCUUGGAUGUCUGGGGCAGCUGCCUUAGAAUACACACUAUCUAUCUCCCCAAAUCAGGAAAGGAGACUUUAAAAAUAUAAAGCUGAUGUUUUACUUUUUAAUAUAAGAGAGAGAGAGAAAAAAAAAAGACUUUUUUUUCCAGAGAUGUAUAACUGACUCUACACUCAAGGUUUUUUCAUUUUGUUUGUUUGUUUGUUUGUUUGUUGUUUUUCCUCCAAUGCUUUAGCAAUUUUUUAUCUUUUGGGGGAUUCAGUUUCUUUUCACAUUUGACUUAGACUCUGCUGGGAGGCACUGAAUAUCGUAACUUAUGUUCUGGAGUUUUGUUUCAUGUUAUACUUUCCCCUUCUAGUGCUCAAGUCACACUGUAAACUAGCUCAUCUCACUGGUGGUAUUCAGGACUCACAAAACAAAGAUCAAGGAUAUGGCUGUGUGUCUGGAGUAGGGAGUGGAGAGGAGACGUGGUUCUUUGACUGUGGGGUUUGGUGGAAGCCAUAGUGGGCAGCAUGUGGUUUUAGGGGUCCUGAAUGUCAGCGAGAGAGCUACUGCCUGGUUCCUGCCUGUGGUAGUGUGAAUGUCCACCUCUUGAAUGUUUGCCCCUGGACUGACUCCUUCCUGCUGCUCGCCACAUGCUGACCUCCAGCUCUGCGGGGACUGUGGCUUCCUCCACAUUUGUGUCUACCAGACCCACAGUCCCUCUCCCUCCCCAGAUCCCAGGGGUUCUGGGAGCUUAUAGCACUCAGAGGUGCUCACAGGCACCUCUGACCUGUAGUCAGGGCGGUGGUGGGGCACAGUACGUUGCUGGCUGAACAUCCUUUGGGUGGAUGCGCUUCAUUCGAUGCUGUGAAAGGGGCUGUUAGCCCUCACUCUGAUCCCCCUGGCCAGGAGCUAGUGUUUCUACACACAGACCAGAUGCCAGGAGGGGACACCAUUCUCUUCAGAGGAUGAUGGGCACAACCACCCCAUAAAUAAAGACCUUGGUAUCCCUGAUUCUUCAGGGACCACAGCUGUGGGAUGGGGGUGCAUACACAUCAGGCUGAGAAUGUCCACCCCUGUGGGGCUAUUUGCAAAAGCACCUCUACCACCUGGGGCUUGGACUGCCCUCCUCUUCCUAGUCAUAAAGCAUUAUUCAACUGAAAGAUACCUCGACUUCAAAAGCACUGUACCCAUAGCCCUCUCCCUCGAGUCCCCAGCAGGACAGGAGUGAAGAGGGUUUAAAGACGCAAAGGCUUCCGAUUCUCUUCAAGGUUGCAGACACUGUCCUUGAGGACUAAGCCUGCACUCUGCCUCACAAGACGAACCCAGCUCUCCUGCAGAGUCUCAGAUAUACAGAUAGAUGAGAGAAGGCUGUGCCCACGUUCACUCCAGCAAGCUAUGUUCUCAGGAACCACCUUACAAUCUCUACUCCAGGGGGACUUCCAGGCAUUUUCAGCACACUGUCUUCAACUUGGGUCUUAACCAUCAGAGGAACCGCUGUCCACAGUGGAGAAAUCUAGACAGGAACUCAGAGUCGCUCCCUGAAGAAUGGAGAAAUGUCUUCAGACUGCUUGGGGAACAUUCCAGGAGGUGGGCUCUGGAUAGCUAAGGAUGGCUACCUCCAGUCUCCCUCAGCUGUUGGGGAAGGGGACACAACCUGGCACUUGUAGCCACACUGGGAGCGGGGUGCUGAGUGCGGUCAGUGAGAACAGAUUCUCAGGCAGAGCUGGGCUGAGCUGCUGUUAUUGGCUAAUCAUCAGCCAAGCCCAGCUGUGCUUUUCAAGCAUUCUUUUCGGAGCAUGGAACAUUCUGCCUCCAGAAAGAAAAUUAGUGUUAAACUCCAGGCUUCUGGUCAGAGGUCGUUACGUCCUGUCCAGUUCAUUGGCACCUUGAAUCUAUCCCUGGGCUGAGAUCGCCUCUGUAGGUUCAAUGUGAGCCUCAGUCAGUCCUCAGAAACCUGUCUCCAAGGCUGCCUCAUCCUCACAGAUUAUAAGAUGGCAGGCUGUCAAUCAUUUCUCUCUAGUGUCAUCAACUAGAAAGACUGUGCCCAGUGUCUGCUGUCAUGUGGGCAAUCUCACAGUGCACAUCCUGCAGCAAACAGCUCAAUAAAUCCCAAAGAUCUCCCAGGCCCAGCCACAGGCCCCAUCAACAGCAAUAGCCACCUUACCAAAUUCUACUUCAGCCAAAGCACUAAGAUAGGCUCUUCCAGUUCAUCUCCAAUGGCCUGGGCUGGCCUUGACCUUCAGAAAGUUUUUGUCAUCUGCCUCAUUCUUCUGUGACCACUAAAGGUCUUUACACCAGAGGCUUUGGGGGUCUGGGAGACCAGGAAGCUGGGCCAUUUCUGUCCUGUUCUCAUAGCUUACCUCAAAGCUGUAUGAUUCCCUGGCCAAAAAAUGGUCUUUGCUUUGACAUCCCUGAAUCCAAACAUGGAAGUAGAGAAGAUGCACUUCCAUUAGCAAGAUUCUCCAUGAAUCUGAGGUCACUUUGUUUCCCCAAUGAAGCCCAAGACAAGGCCUGCAGCUUGUUGGCCUGGGAUUCAACAUUCAAGUGGUCUCAGUCUGUGAGGAGUGGUUGUCCAUGGAAACACUUGUUCUCACCAUGACUCUGUUCUCAACACCCAAGUCUACCUGUCAAGCCUCCCUUGCAUGGCAUUCAGCAACCACGAAGCAAGAUGGGUGCUGAGCACAGCUGUCUGCGUUUCAUCCCUAGGGGUUGCCUGCACAGGAAGCCAUGGGCCACAACGCAUAUGAUGUCACCAUCCCACUUGAUGGCUUCACAUUUGGCCUUGUGGGGCUGGCUCUGGGCUGAGGGAAAGGUACCCGUCUCCUGGUGAGAAGGGCAGCUGGUAAUACUGAUGAGAACUCAGCUCCAGGUUUUUAGGAAGGAAGAGUCUUCAUUUCAGUUUGACUGAUUUUAUCUCCUGCACUUUGAAGAAUUGGAAGAAUUCGGCAAGGCAUGUUUUCCACUGUGAAGCUUUGGAGCCCAAGGUCCCCUAUUUUCCUGGCCUCAGGCUAGACUGCCCAAGGAAGGGGACACCUGAGGAGAGUCUGGGCACCAUCCAUACUCACUCUGAGGACAGAGGGUCACCAAGAAGGAUCAAAGCUGGGAUGCAGGUCAAGGGAUACUCUGUGAGAUGCCACCCAGACCCUGCCAUGUCAUGCUUGAAGAGGAGCACUCAGUAUCCCAUGAGCUGGGCCAAGCCCCAAGCUUCCUGGCCUUGGCAGUGGUGUGACACUAUUGUGUCUGGAAUAUAUCUAGAGGAAGGCUUCUGGGGGCAGAACCAAGAGACUGAGUCUCAGGCUAUAUCCUGGAGACAGUGCACAGGGGCUCCAGUCCCCAGGGCACGGGGAGAGCUGGCAAGGAGACUGCGCCUCCCUUUCACUGUGGCUAAUGUUUGCUAGGCCAUUUAUGGUGAACCAAUGAUACAGUGUUCCCUCUUGGGCUUCCCUCCCAUCUCCCCUUGGCAGGGGCUCUAAGGGGAUUCUAUGGCUGGGGUGGUUUUUUUCCUGUCUCCUUUGGAUCUGGGGAUGGCAGUCUAGAGAGCCCUGGCUUUGACCAAGGGAACCUGUGGUUUCUGAGCAGAUGUAGUCCUCACAUGGAAGAGGGUGGCACCUUCAGGGUUCCACUCCCCUAUGGGAAAUUGACAAGGCUUGGAGUUAGCAUUAGCAUCAUGACCCACCAAGGUCCUACCCACCCAAGCAUCCCGUUGGGCACCUUGACUCUUUGAACCAAAGUUCCUUAAAGGGGCACAGCCCAGCCUUGUCCUUAGGGGCCUGAAUUUGCAGGCCAUCCGGAAGGAGGGCUCCUCCCACAACCCAGGUACCCGAAGGCUCUCCUGGGACCCUUCUCCCACCCAGCAAGGGUGGGUGGCUUCCCCAGCAGGGCUCAAACUUGUGGCCUGAUGCAGGCUGGGUCUGGCCAGCCAGGAAAGAGCAAGAGCCAUGUGGCAGGGCCUUCUGGACCCCAAGCAUCAGGAAACCAUUUUGUACAACAACCUGGAGCAGAGAUAUUUUUUAAGAGGCAUGAGUGAUUUUCAGUUGUCUCCUGAUCCUGUCUUUUUUUUUUUCUUUGCCCCACAAUUUCAUGUGGGUGAUCCGUUCACAUCAGGUAAAUCUUGAGAACGCCUUGGUGCCCCCAUCCCUCUUGCCCUCCUACUCAGUGACCACAUGUGUGCGCCCCCAUCCUGUCUCAGUAGUAAAGACGUUCUAGGCAAUACCAUAGACACAUCCGUGUCUCGCUUCAAGUGCAAGAAACUCAAGUCAUCUUAAAAAAAAUUAAAAACACAAAAAAAUUUACAAAAAAGCAAACACACACACAAAAAAAAUAUCUUUUUUAGGCCAGAGUUUUCUACAGGUAUUAAUGAAUAUUUUUCUUAAUCCUUAUAAGUUUUAUGUGUUUAAUAUUUCUUAAUACCAGUAGCAUUAAUUUAUACUUUUGUAGCAACAUAAUAUUUUUAUAAACAGCCAGCGCUUGGCUCAAGUCUUCACGGGGGUUUAUGCAGGGCUGUCUUAGGGACCCUGUGUACCAUGUACUGUAUUUAAAAAAGUUCCCUAGGUCACACUUGCUGUGCUAAUUAACAAAGAUGUCGUUGGUGGUCUCCUGUAUCUAUGGCGUGGAUCCAGCAGUCCUUCAAGGAGCCACAUUGCAUGGGGGUUGAGUUGCCAGUUCUUGUGAUACAGAAACUCCCAAGGCCAAACUUGCGGGUUUCUUUAGGGUUUUCUGUGUGUCCUUUGGGGUGUUUUGUUUUUGGUUUGGAUACUGUUUCUCCAUUUUACAGCCAAGUCGAUUUCAUGAUGUUUAAAAAUUUUACUGAUGUUAAAUGGAGGAAAGGGACAGAAAAAAUUUAAAAAGAGAGAUUUUUUACAAAGUAAUAAAAUUUAAAACUGAGCUGUUUCAAUGUUGCUGUUUUUACCUGUCUGUUCUUGUCCAAAAGUGGAAUGUUCCCGUGGAGAAGAAGAAGGUUCCACUGGGUUCCUUAAGUCACCAAAAGCCCCAGCCCAAGAUUCAGUUCCUCCCCCGACUCCCAAAACAUCUCCCAGUUGGUUGAUGCCAAGGCAAAAAGACAUCCUUUCAAUGACUAGAGGAUCAGCCGCCUAGUGUGUUCACGAGUUCAUGUCAGUGUUGUAUUUAUGGUUUUACAAUAAAACGACUUUAGGAA